CGGAUACUAUAACGAUUCUAUCUUGCUCAACAAACUGCUUUGCAUACUGGCCAACUCUAGAUUGAACCCUGUCGGAACAGCUAAUUCCAGUUUAUGCGUAACUUCGAGGAGUUGUAAUAGCACGUUGCUGCUAAUUGGUGCAAGUUAUAGAACAAGCCGGCAGAUACCCCAGCGGCGGAGUCUCCAGGCUUCCGGGAUGGCAACACCCCAAGCGCUCACGGCGUUCAUUAGAGCAUCGAGGCCUGAUUUCAAGUCUACCGCAGACAAGGCAGCAUUCGCUGUGCAUGCUAUCGUUUCUGUCAACGGCUUCAGCUUGUGCAAGGUCGGCGAGGGUGUGGAUGAAGCAGUCGCGCAAGGCGCCGCCUCGCUCCCUUCCGAGGAGGUGGAUCUGCGGGACUGGAACCGGAAGGCCAACGCCACCACCACCACCACCACGACCAGCAGCAGCCACGGGGAGGGCGGUACUUACUCCUUCCUCUACCUACCGGAAACAACCACCACAACCACCACCACAACAACAGCAUCAGCAGGCACCCAGCAGCGUCAGCAGCGUCCUCCCCUCGCCCCUCCGCUGCUGCUGGUCAAGUGUCUGACACUCGUCGUGGAUGCAUCGGCCCCAUCGGCUGGUGGGGGGCCAGGGCCCGGGGCGGGGGCUGGAGGGGUCCUGUUGGUCAGUUUGGCGAAUGUGUCGUCGUCUUCUGCCGGGCGCCCACCCGUAUCCCUGGAGCUGCAGCUGGACAGGUUCGUGCCCUCUUUUGCGCCGGGUGCUCUCGGGUACGACCACUUGGACGAGCUCAUUCUGCGGGUCCAGGAGGCGCUCGGGGAGGUGCUGGAGGGCGGCGGGGAGCACCAGCGCCAGCACCAGCAGCACCGUGUAACUAACUUCCCACCUUGUCCUGCGUCUGUGAGCACUGACCAGGGCAAGGCCAUGGCCGCGGCGCGUGCCACCGCCACCGCCGGAACACCCGCGAAGACCAGCAGCGGCCAACAGGGUGACGCAGCAUCCGGGAGAGAGCAGCAGCAGCAGCGGCAACAGCAACAGCAGCAGCAGCAGGAGGAGGAGCAGCGGCAGCUACGGGACCCAGACCCGUUGCUGGAUGAGCAGUACCCUCCGAGGUUCCCGGGGGGGGGACGACCGGGUUGGAGACCAGCGUUGGGAGUGGGUGAUACGGACCUGAUGCCAG